AUGGCAUUUUUUAACGUAACACGACUCGGUGUUCAGGAUCCAGUUAAAGCUUCGUUAAGAGACGAGAAGGAAACCCAAGAUAUCUAUGAUACUAAAAAGAAAACCCUCAAGGUCGAUGUUAGUACAGAAAGAAAAACGGCCAUAAAAUUGGAUUCCUCCGAAAUUUAUAAAGAUAAAAGAAGGCGUCAUGAAAGAUCUCUUCUCGGACCGAAAGAAGUUUAUCAAACCCCAAUGACGACAUCGCAGGAAUAUGGAUGGCAUGAUAAUAAUGAAAAGGAACCUUGGAUGCAAUCGAAGCGCCACGUUCACGUAAACAGUGAAAUGACAAAGUUUGUAAAAUCAAUGGCUCUAACAAACAGAGACUUUUCCUUAUACUAA